UAUCUUUCCCAUUCAAGUUGAUGUUCGCUUUGACCACUUAAGUGCUUACGACACGAUUCAAACUUGGCAGGGACUAACAGGGAUGAGAAAAAUAAGAACUAGUGGGAAAUGUGCUACAUGUUGUCAACAGAGAAAUCCAAAUAUAAAGCAUUUUGUUGUUGAACAACAAAAUUCCUCUGGGCGAUAUGUUCAAAUUUCUUGUCCUGACAAUAAGAUUUAGUUCUGGCAGCUGACAUGAAGGUCAGUGUUUCCCAUGCUUCUGUCACAUUCAAUCUGUAUUCACACUUUGAAUGAGCUAUCGAUGCCUCUGGGCGAUGUAAACGAUUGUUACGGAUUGUACAUAAACAAUAUAAGAUAGUUAAGUCUUCGGAGGACAUUACUUGUUUUGAAGCUUCAUUGUGUGGCUGCAUGCAUAAAUAUUUAAAAAAAAGCGUGCCCUCGAGUCGAAGAAGUAGCUCAGCGCACAUGCGCACAACAAGAGAAUAAUAUUUCUUUUAAAAAAGGGAGAGCACUCAUCAGAGGAUCAGCAAAUCACUGCAUCUCAUAAUUGAAUCGUAGCGAAGCAUCCAAAGAGCAAGGAGACAGGCAACUUGCGAAACUGCCAGAAAGCUCAAGCUCUACUGGCCUCACAAAGUGUUGCUGUGCUCGGGGAAGAGCACUGUCAUUAUUCAAUUUAAAGACUUAAAAACAUACUUCUAAUAAGCGUGGUGCACGUGGGCGUGUUUGUGUACAUUUUCUACGUUGAGUUCGCGUCUCCGUCAGCGGACUUUCCUUGAAUCAAGCAAUGAAUUAUAUGACCCUUAAAGACGCAAGGGAUAUAAAGGCGGAGACGACCCUUGACGAAAAAUUCUUCUUACUGGCUUGUGAGAAAGGCGACUGCCAGAUGGUGAGCAGGCUGCUGGAGAAAAGGCGGGGUGGCGGGCUGAACAUCGACUGCAUAGACGUGCGUGGCCGCAACGCCGUUACCAUCGCCAUUGAGAACAACAACCUGGACGUUCUGAAACUGUUGCUGGACCAUGGCUGUGAGAGCACAGAUGCAAUCUUGGUGGCCAUUGAGUUGGGGACGGUGGGUGCCGUCGACAUGCUCCUCAACCAUCGACCUAGGAGGUUCUUCAAGCUCUCCAUUGCGAAACUCAUGCGACGCAUUCAGAACCCAGAGGACUCGUCCGCGAUGGACGUCACGCCGGUCAUUCUGGCCGCCCAACGGAACCACUAUGAGAUCCUGGCCAUGCUGCUGAAGAAGGACGUCUCCCUGCCCCGGCCGCAUGCGGCCGGCUGCGAAUGCGCACACUGCGGCACCAAGAGCAAGAAUGACAGCCUGUGCCACUCCAGGUUUCGCUUAGAUAUCUACCGCUGCCUGUCGAGCCCUUCCUUGAUUAUGCUGACAGAAGAGGACCCCAUUUUGAGGGCGUUUGAGCUGAGCAGUGACCUGACAGAGCUUAGUCUGGUGGAGGUCGAGUUUAGGAACGACUAUGAGGAACUGGCCAAUCAGUGCCAGAGGUUUGCCAAGGACCUCCUGGCCCAGGCACGCAACUCCCGAGAGCUGGAGGUCAUCUUGAACCACCGGUCAGGCGAGGGCCAGGGGGACACGGAGGGGGGCGUGCCAGAGGAGCACAGCAACCUCAGCCGUCUCAAACUGGCCAUCAAGUACAACCAGAAAGAGUUUGUGGCCCAGUCCAGCUGCCAGCAGUACCUGAACACGCUGUGGUUCGGGAAGACGGCCGGGCACCGGCACCGCCCGGCGUUGACGCGGCUCCUGACGGUGCUGGCGGUGGCCGCGCUGUGGCCGCUGCUGUCCGCCUGCUACCUGCUGGCGCCCCGCUCCCAGCCGGGCCGGCUCGUCCGCACGCCCUUCGUCAAGUUUGUGAUCCACGCCGCCUCCUACUUCACCUUCCUCCUCCUGCUCAACGUCUACUCGCUGAUCUACGGCAGCAGCAAGACGAAAAGCAUGGGCCCCACACUGGAGAUGAUCGACUACGUGCUCAUCGUGUGGAUCUGCGGGAUGCUAUGGGCGGACAUGAAGCGGCUUUGGCACGAGGGGCUGGGGGACUUUUUGUCAGAGUCCCGAAACCAGCUGAGCUUCAUCAUGACCUCCCUCUACCUGUCCACCUUCACCCUCAAGCUUGUGGCGCACAACAAGUUCAAAACCAGGGAGAACAUGGAGGAGCGGAAGAACUGGGAUGCUUACCACCCCCUUCUGGUGGCUGAGGGCCUGUUUGCAUUCGCCAAUGUGCUCAGUUACCUGCGCCUCUUCUUCAUGUACACCACCAGCUCCAUCCUGGGCCCCUUACAGAUAUCGAUGGGCCAGAUGCUGCAGGAGUUUGGCAAGUUCCUGAGCCUGUUCCUGCUGGUGCUGGUGUCCUUCACCAUGGGACUGACCCAGCUGUACGGCGGAGACGAGGGAGGCCCCGUCGAGGACGCGCCGGCCAACUGCAAGGACGCGCCAGACUCCUGCGAGCAGAAUAACGACGCCUUCAACUCGUUCCUGGGCACCUGCUAUGCCUUGUUCUGGUACAUCUUCUCCCUGGCCCACGUGGCUCUGUUUGUGACCCGGGUGAGCUACACCGAGACCCUGCGCUCCCUGGUGGGGGCGCUCAUCGUGGGGACCUACAACGUGGUGGUUGUCCUGGUCCUCACCAAGCUGCUGGUGGCCAUGCUGCACAAGAGCUUCCAGCAGAUUGCUAACCAUGAGGACAAGGAGUGGAAGUUUGCCCGGGCCAAGCUGUGGCUGAGCUACUCUGAUGACAAGUGCACCCUCCCUCCACCCUUCAACCUGCUCCCCUCUCCCAAGAGUCUGAGCAACAUGGUGACCUGCCUGGGGGAGCUGGUCUGCUCCUGUACGCCCUCUGGAAAGAUCCGGAGACAGAACACCCUUAGAGAGAGCAGGACCCAGAGGAAGCAGCGAGACGAGAGCUAUCAGAAGACCAUGUGCUGCCUGGUCCACCGCUACCUGACCUCUGCCCGGCGGGAGAUGCAUAGCAUGGGCCGCGCCACCGCGGAGAGCCUGCAGGACCUGCGGCAGGAAAUCUCCAAGUUCCGCAAAGAGAUGAGGGAGCUGAUGGGCGCCGGCGACGCCAAGCACGCCGCGGGUCACCCCGAAAACUGACGCUUCUGUCCCUCCUGCAGGCAAAAACUCAAAAGCACCGGAGUCAAAAAGUGCAUAAAAUUCAUAUCUUUCGUAACAUUUCCCUCCUUACCUGUUAUUGCAUAACAAGAAAUGCCCUAGGUACCCCUCGCACACAGUGAGCAGAUAAGUGCCUCAUUGACCACAAGGGGCACUAUAGGGUAAAAAAUGCAAGGACCUUGUUUAUCAGUUUCCUGUACAUUCGUCUGCACACAUUUUUAACAUUAGUCUGAUGUCAACCAUGGUAGAUCAGUUGUCAGUUGUAAGACACACUUAAAUGCACUUUGAAGUUUAACAAAAGACAGUGCCAGUAUUUGCCAGAAACAAAGACAUGAAUCCACCCAGAAAUCUUUGAGAAAUUAUAAAAAAGGCUCUAAGCCUGUAUAGUUUGUGGGAACAGAGCUUUCAGUCAAAAAGAAAAGAAAAACCUAGGCCAAAAUAAGAGAUAAUUUUAUCUAAAGUACAGAAGGAAAAGGAGAAUUAUAAUGUGCAGGCAAGAACAACUAUUUCAGUCCAGGGAAAACAACAGCUGCCUGGCCAAACCUGACUAAUGUGUUUCAGACAAGAGGGGAUCAUUUCACUCCACAAUCUAUUGAGCCCAAAUGCACAGAAUUAACAUUUAAGAAUAUGAUAUUUUCUGUGUGUUGGAGAGAUGGUUAGUCAUCAUGUCAUCUGAAAAAAAUGACAAAUGCAGUGAGCAUUCUCACAAAGACCUCACAAAACCUUUUUCUCAUUAAAUCACAUACUAAGCAUGUUAUCUGGUGCACAGUUCAAGACGGAAUUUUAGCAUAUGCACCCCUGGAGAGGAACUCCAGCCAGUACGGACUGUGCUGGUUCAGGUCUAGUUUCUGCAAAAGCAGAAUUUUUUCUUUGUUCUAUUAGUAUUUUUCCACUGAAAUUGAAAAUGCAUUCCUGAAAAGGUAUUUUAACACAUAAUUAUUUCACAUUUAGCAGUUCCACCUAUUCAGCACUGGAAUGUUAUUGUCCAAUUUUGUAUAUAUAUAUAUAUUUGAAUGUGCAAUGUGUGUAAUGUGUUUAGAUGCAAUAACAGCCUUAUUUGUUCACUUGGUCUGUAACCCUAAUCAUUAGCUGAGAGAUCUAGAUACCUUGUUGCCUUGUUGUGCAGUGCAGCCAACUUGCUCCAUAGUUUUGAACAUACAUUCAACUAACAUCCAUUGCACACACAUAUACAUACAUUUACAAAUGAUUUACAAGUAUUCUGUAUGCCCAAACCUUUUAUUAUUUUUCUCUUACUAGAGAUCUACUUUACCCUUAGGUGCCAUGCAAAUCUGUAAAACGGCAUGAGUGCCAAUUACAUCAGACAAAAAAAUGUGUUUUUUUUUACUUCAUUCUGCUUUUCAUUCUACAAGAAUUUUUGUUGUCAAGAUACCAAGACAAGAGUCAACAGGGCGCAAGGCAAAGCCAGAUUCAAUCAAAUCUCCUGUCAGCAUGCUGAUGACAGAUUAUGGUCUCAAUGCAUGUGAAGGAUCCUCUAUUUCCUUUAAGAACACAACGUUCUGAUAAUAACUGUACAUUCCCUUUAGUGAUGCACAUGUGUAUGCCUUGUUCAGGUGUAACUUUAUGAAGCAUUUUAUUACACCCUGUGAGAUUCAUUUAAAAUGAUUUACUGUCCCUUUUAUUCACGACCAGUUAGUUCAGGCACCGGUUCUAAAAUAAAUGUAUUUCCAGGUAAAUAGAAUAAGAUACAUAUAAAUAUAAGGACUUUUCCAUUUCAAAAUAUGUUCUCUACAUGUCAUGUUAAAAUUAAAGCUACAGUAAAUAAAA